AUGUUUACUUUACCGGGACAGCGGGUCUUACAUAAGUGCCUUAAGAUUUUAAGGUUAACUGUUGUGGAUUUUAGCAGUUAUCCCGACAUAAAGAAGUUGAAUCCGGUUAGGACCGUCGAAAAGAUAAUUGAAAACAACACGAGCAUCUUCGUCGAGAGCCCGAUCCAUGUAAAAAUGUUACCGAUCGACGUGAACGACACCAAGGCUCACAACAAGCUGACAAUGACAUUAUACAGUCAAGGUACGAAAACUAUAGAUUUCCAAGUAAAGCAGACGUCUAAAUGCUUGGAACUACUGAAUAAGAACACCGCUUCAGAUAGGAACGAUAUCUGCGUGAUACAGGUGCCGUAUCAACUGAAAGUGGAGGUGACAACAACUGACAGUGCCUCAGUGAGCUUGUCUCAACUGGAAGGCCAGGAGUUUAUUGUAAAAACACAAAAAGGAGCUAUCCACGUCAAUAACUUGAAAGCAGAUAAUAUCUCACUGGAAAGCACAGAGGGAGACCUCAAAUGUGAUGGUCGCUUGCAAGCAAGACACAUAGAAUUAAAGACUGGCUCUCAAAGUGGUAUACAGUGCCACAAUAUAAUGGCGAAUAUAUUCAAUGUAACAACACACGCUGGGCCCAUUGUUGUUAAGUCUUGCUACAGUGACAAAUCACACUUUACCACUUUGAUGGGUAAUAUACACCUUGAUCAUCUUCAUAGAUCUGUCUUGAUUGAUGUUAUCCAGCAGGGUAAUCUUCACAUUAUGGGCUUUUCUGGUAACCUACAGGCUUCUUUGAAAAGUGGAGAUGUUUUCAUGCAUGCUUCACAGCUCACAGAGAAAACCAGUAUCUUUAUACAUGAAAAAGGAAAGGUGGAGUUAAUAAUGCCUGACUUAGUGAAUAACUUGCCAGCUACAAAUUUGAUAGCUGAUAAAAUAACUGUUGAUAAUAAAAUACUAAAGCUAGGAAGGUUUAUGGAUGAUGCACAUCCCAAGAGGUUCAGAUUUGAGCGGGAACCGAACCAUGAAUUACACAUAGUUUCGAGCGAACGCGCGCGCGCCAGUCCUGCUUACGCCGCCGACCGCGCCGCCAACAUGCCGGCCUGCGCGCCUGAGUACAGCCGCCUUGCGCGAUCCAAUACCGAGCUUGUGUUCUCGCCCCAAGUUAAGCGAUGCUCGCAUCAGCCGCCGCCCUUCACUGCACUCCGUCGCUCGUUCUCCUCAACGUUUUCGCUGAUACCUGAGGAGCGAGCCGUCUCACCGGAACGUCCACCGCCGCUGCCCCGUUUUAUAAGGAUAAUCACAUGGUUUCCCCGGCUUAUGCUUCGGCCGCUAUUCGCUAUGCUAAAUGUCAUCGCCCAUCCUGCCUGGAAACAAAUUCUCGUCGUUCUCCCGACGUUGUGGAUUGCCGCUUCGUUAUUCAUUUUCUGGAAGUGUGUACAGUACCCUAUUGGAGUUCUUAAGAUGAUGGGCCGCGUGAUCAGCUCCAAAAAUCAGAAUAAACCACGCACCGUGCUUAUUAGUGGAGGCAGUUCAGUGCAAGCAUUACAUUUAGCAAGAAAUUUCCAUUCCGCAGGAGCAAGAGUAGUUGCAUUUGAAAUAGAAGGACAAUUCGCACUUUUGAAGUACUCUGCGGCGGUGCACAGAUUUUACACAGUGCCGCGACCUAAUCCGGCCGAUCCUUUGGCUUAUGCGCGAGCCUUGAGAGAAAUAGUGGACAGGGAGUCUGUAGUAUUUUAUGUCCCGGUGAGUUCUACGACACCGGCGUACUAUGACGCUCUAGCGAAACCCCAUUUGGAAGUGGUUGGAUGUCAGUGCUUCGUGCCGUCCGCUCGUGACGUGGUUACACUCGACGACCCUCUGGAAUUGAUUCGAGUAUGCCGGGCUGCCGGUUUAUCAACGCCUCAGUUUUGGGUUGUUGCUAACGAUGACGAUGUUCGUGCGUGGUACGAUAGUGGAGCUUCUAAAGAAGGCCGACACUUCAUUGCUAGUGCAGGGGCACGUGGAGCAAGGGAUCGUUUGCGUUUUGUUAUGCCUGAAGACCGAAACCAAUUUAGAUUCCCUAGAGAAAUUAGUGCGGAAAAACCGUGGGUGAUUGUUAGAGAACCAAAAGGAGAAAGAAUUGUGACAUGUACUACAUUGAAGGAGUCCCGGGCGGUCAACAAUGUUACGUGUCGCGUAGAUUCUACAAGGAAAGGACUGGUGCCUCAGAGGGACGACGAAGCAGAUGCGUGGGUGCAAAGAUUUGUAUCUUUCUUGGCACCAGCAAGGCCUAUGACGGGUCACGUAUCAUUCAGGCUCGUUCGUGAAGAACAACCUACGAAUGGCCAGAAUAACAAGCUAGUGGCUAUUGGAGCUCGAGUAGGCGUGUCUCUACCAUACUUGUGUCAAGGAUCAACUCGAUGUGGUCAUACAGCAACAGUCGGAAAGUUGCUGGAUACUGUUCUAGACACUCGCGAGGCCCUCUUCACAUUUUGGGAUCCAUUGCCUUAUUGCGCGUAUUAUCAAUCUCGGAUGCCAGACGAGAGGAGGCCACCGCCUCCGGAGCCAUGCAAGACACCACCGAACGUUCCUCUUUGA